AUGGAGAAAGAAAAACCGUUUAAACUGUUCGUGCCGCCGCGUCUGAGCGGCGGUCAGGUGUCUGCAGUCAAACCGCAGACGAGCACUCGGUCAGCGGGGCUGUGCCAGGGAAAUGGUGGUUUUAACAAAUUCCCAGAUGAUGAUUUUAGUUUGCCAUUUGUAAUGAGUACACCGAAGCAUGUUGAAAUCACUGAUUCAGAUGCGAUUUCACAGCAAGUAAAACUUUGCUCUGAGGUAGAUGAAGAGACUAUAGAAACAAUGAAUGAAUUGUAUUCAAAACUCUACAAAGAGGCUGAGAAGAUCAAGCAGUGGAAAUUAACUGUAGAAUCAGAAUUAAAGCAGAAAGAAAGGAAACUGCAAGAAAAUAGAAGAAUUAUUGAAGCCCAGCGUAAAGCCAUUCAAGAAUUGCAGUUUGAAAACGAAAAACUAAGUUUAAAACUGGAAGAUGAGAUAUGUGAAAAUAAAGAUCUCUUAAAAGAAAACAAUGUUUCAAGGCAUCUGUGUAAUCUACUGAAGGAGACCUGUACUCACUUUACAGAGAAGUCCGCCAAAUAUGAGCAUGAAAGAGAUGAAACAAGACAACUAUACCUGGAACUUAAUAACAAUGUUGAAAGAAUGAUAAUAGCAUUUGAAGAGCUUCGUGUGCAAGCAGAGAACACCAGAUUGGAAAUGUGCUUCAAAUUAAAAGAAGAAGCAGAAAAAAUGGAGAAGUUUGAAAAAGAAUGCAAACUGGAAGUCGGUAUGAAGGAAAAGCAGAUUUCAGUUCUUACCGUACAGAAUGAUGAAAAAGAUGAUAUAAUAAGAGACAUCAAGACUCAGCUGCAUGAAUCGAAAAAUAAGAUUGCUGAUUUAGAAGAAGCAAAAAGAAAUGAAGGAGAAAUAUUAAAGGAAUCUCAGAUCAAUCAAGGACAUUUGAAGGCAGAACUGGAAGAUGCCAAAGUUUCAUUGCAAAAAACAGAGGUUGCUCAAAAGAACUUACAAACUGAAUUGCAGACUACAGUGAAAGCAUUAAUGCAGGUCACUGGAGAAAAAGAAGCACAGGUGGAAGAAUGUAAAAAAAUUAAGGCAUUGCAUGCAUCCCUGAGAGAGGAGUUUGAGACUUCUAUGUCCAAUUUUAAAAGCUUGCUACAAAAAGAGCAAAAUAGAUCAGAGAAAUAUGAAGAUGAGUCAAAGCUACUUACCUUGGAGCUCAAAAAAAAGUCUGCUGAACUGGAAGAAAUGACUAAACUAAAAUGUGACAAAGAAAUGCAACUUGAAGAGCUGUCAGAAACACUGGGAAAGAUUGAAGGACUUUUAGUAAAGAAGAAAGAUCUUGAGGCUACUGUAGAAAAUUUUCAGGAGCGAGAAAAAGAAAUGAAGAACGUUCUUCAAGUCAGAGAGAAAGAAAUCCAGGAUUUGAAAGUACAGCUGACUACUACAGAUGAAAAGGAACAAAAUUAUUUAAAACAGCUUAUGAUGCUGAAUACAGAUCUUGAACGAGAGACGCUAAAGAAUGGACAACUAACAGUGCAUAUCGAUAAGCUUUUGUUAGAAAAAGAACAAAUGCUGCAAGAGAAAAGUGGUAUGGCUACAGAACUCAAGAAACUGCAAGAAAGUAAUGAGGAUAGUAGAAAACAGGAAGAAAAUAUAAAGCAGUUAGUUGAAAGCCUGGAAGAAGCAAAUGGCCAGCUAAGAAAUGAACUGGAGUCUUUGAAGCAGAAGAUGGCAAAGAAAGGUGAAGAGAUUAAAAGUAAACUGGAUGAAAGAGAAGAAAAUGCUAAGAGUAUUGAAAAUGAAAUUUCAAGAAAGGAUAAACAGUUGAAGAUUCUAGAAAAUAAGUUCAAUAAUUUAAAGAAACAAGUGGAAAAUAAAACCAAAUGCAUUGAAGAGUUGCAACAGGAGAAUAGGGUACUGAAAAAGAAAAUUACUGCAGAAAGCAAGAAAACCAGUAUUUAUGAAGGGAAGGUGAAUAAAUUACGGUUAGAGAUGGAAAAUAUGAACAAGCAACAUAAGGAAGCAGUUGACAUCUAUAAAAAAGAGAUUGAAACAAAAGAUGUAAAUGAAAAUAAACUUCUUGAAGAGGUAGAAAAGAUGAGGUUGCUUGCUGAUGAAGCAGCGAUAACACAGAGAGAAACUGAUAUCCGAUGUCAGCACAAGAUAACUGAAAUGGUGGCACUUAUGGAAAAACACAAGCAUGAAUAUGAUAAAAUGGUUGAAGAAAAAGACACAGAGUUAAAACUUUAUAAAAUAAAAGAGCAGGAGCAGUUAUCAUCAAAAAGAUCAAUGGAAAGUGAACUGUCAUGUUUGAAAAGCGAACUGACAUCCUUGAAGGAACAACUUAAAGCAGAAAUUGAAGAGAAGGAGAAUCUUGCAAAAGGACACCUCCCAAAUAUAGUUCCUGAAUAUGAAAAGAAGCACAAGAAAAUACAAACAAAUUUUUUGGAGACUACUAAACCUGAUUUAGAUCUGGACUGUACAUCUAUUAAUGUAAAAAAUAAAAAGUCUCCCAGUGAUACUCCUGUAAAAGUUACCAUGAUGGAAAAGAAAAAAAUGCCUUCUUCAGUAUCUGCAAAAAGCCCAUUGGGUAGUCCAUCACUAAAGACAUAUAUUAUAAAGACCCCUCCAAUACAUAAACUGCAGAGUGAAAGCACAAAUCUGUCUUCAGAACAGGGCAUGAGGAAAAAGCCAAAAGUUCUUUUACAGCUGGAUGCUCAUUCAGAUAGCUCUGAACACAGUGACCUCCUGAGCAUAGUCUCAGAGGAAGAAAUGUUUAAAGCAUUGUACAAAGAUUAUCCUCAAGUUUCACAACUAUAUGCUGUGACACCAAAAAAGAAACCAACUACAUCAAAUGCAAAAAGUCCAGGCUCUGCACUGAAACUUAGAACCAUGAGAAAAAUGCGAGAGGCUGGAUGGACUGAAGUUUCUAAAAUGGACAGGAAAAGAAAAAUUAAAGAAGCUGAGAAGCUCUUUACUUAA